GUGUUGGGGAAAGUUACUUUUAAAAGAAAUGCAUUACAAUAUUGCGUUCCUCCCUAAAAAAGUAACUAAUUGCGUUAGUUACUUUUUAUGGAAAGUAAUGUGUUAUGUUACUUUUGUGCUACUUUUUCUCAUCUGGACUGGGCUGUUUUAUUAUAUAAAAACGUUCUAUUUUUGGCAAAUGUAAAGGCCCUUUCACACCAAAAGUGAAAUGAACAAGCCUCAGGCUGGAGGAAAUGCACAUUCAUGCCAGAAGAAUAGGACGCAGGAGAAGUAAAUGAGUAAAUGCAUGCCCACAUUUAGUCUAAAACUAGUCUAGAAUAACCAUCAUGUUUACACAGCGCACACAACACCUCUGCGCUUACUCCCGAUUUCUCUCAACAUGGAAACAGAGCUGUCAGUCAAUAAAUGGGGAAACAAAGUAACUUGCGUUACUUAUUUGAAAAAGUAACUCAUAUUUUGUUGUAAAUUUAAAAGUAAUGCAUUACUUUAUUAGUUACUUGAAGAAAGUAAUCUGAUUACUCACGUUACUUGUAAUGUGUUACCCCCAACACUGAAAGUAAUGCAUCACAAACAAUCAAAAAAGACAACACUGAAAAAAAAAGUUUAGCUAGACAAGAUAUUGUAGCCUACAUUGCCCAACAUUUUCUGUCAGACAUGUGGUUAAUCAGUAGGCUACAGUAAGUGGGAGGGACGUGAAAACAAAGGCAACGAACUGCUCAAACUCUCCAAGCAUCACUUUUUAUUGCCCCUACAUUAACUCCACCAUAAGCAAAAACAGAUGUUUAUAGUCAUUUGAAAGCUGGAUCAUUGCUAAAGUUCUUGCAAAAGAGCUCCAGCAUCUCACUUCCUAUAUGUUUGCGGAUGACGUCGAUGUAACGGCAUAAAUGAGAAGACUGUGGCUUCACCGCAAACUGAGAAAUGUUAUAUUUAUCUUUUUAACACUGGGACUUAUAUAUUGUCUUAUAAUCAUAAUUUUAAGACUAAAUAAAGGAGGAGGAUUGUCUGAAAGGCUGCGACUGACAGUAAAAUAUGGCAUUAACUGUACAGCAAUAUAUGAAAUGGAACCUGUGGAAGUGGGCAAAACUUUAGCCAUCCGCAAGCAAAAAACCUAUGUAGGGGAAACUGACCAGACUAUCGUGAAUGCCACCUCUGAUUGUGAUUGGUUUGUUGUGACACAGGGCUAUGCUGGGAUUCAAGGCACUGAAUUUGAGCGUGAAUUUCCUCUUGCUUACUCUUUGGUUGUUCACCAGGAUGCAGCUCUUGUGGAGAGGUUGCUCAGGGCCAUUUAUAUGCCCCAUAACAUAUAUUGCAUACAUUAUGAUCUGAAGUCUUCAGCUGACUUUAUUUCAGCAAUGAAAGGUCUGGCCCGCUGCAUCCCCAACGUCUUCAUUGCCUCAAAACUGGAGAGGGUUCAAUAUGCAGGCAUCUCACGACUCAGAGCGGAUCUCAACUGCAUGUCUGACCUCCUAGAUUCUGAGGUUAAGUGGAAGUAUGUCAUCAACCUGUGUGGUCAGGACUUUCCACUGCGGACAAACGCCGAGCUGGUGUCGGAUCUAAAGGAGCUGAAAGGCAGGAACAUGGUGGAGAGCAAGCGGCCUGGAGGAAAGAAAGAGCGCUGGAGUGUUCAUCAUAUGCUGAAAAAUAACAACUCUGAGUACUACGACAGACCUGUCAGCACUUCUGAGGAGAAAUCUCCACCUCCUCACAACAUUGAAAUGUUUGUGGGCAGUGCGUACUUUACUCUCUCAAGGGAAUUUGUGGUUUUUGUUCACUGGAGCUUCCUAGCUAGAGAUUUCUUGGCUUGGUCUGAGGAUACAUACUCACCUGAUGAACAUUUCUGGGCGACUCUGGUUCGUGUGCCUGGAGUACCAGGUGAGGUGCACAGAUCUGAUCCUGAGAUCUCAGAACUGAUUAGUAAAACUCGUCUGGUGAAGUGGUCAUAUUUAGAAGAGAAUCUAUACCCACCCUGCACAGGAGUCAGUGUGCGAGCUGUGUGUAUUUAUGGUGCUGCUGAGCUCAGAUGGCUCCUAAACUACGGCCACUGGUUUGCUAAUAAAGUAGAUCCAAAAGUGGAUCCUGUUCUUACGGAAUGUUUAGAGGAGAUACUUUUAGAAAAGCGGCCAAAACUGCAGUAAAAUGAUCUUAUUUUUAUACUGGUGAGACUUUUGGAUUGGUGAAAAAUAGAUAUAUUGUGUUUUUUGGGAAACCAAAAUAAAGUUACUUUGAGUAUGAAGUAUA